AUGCCCCAAAACAUGGACGAGGAUGAUGAAAGAGAGCCGGCCAUCCGUGAGGAGGGACAAAACGAACAGAAUCAAGACAUAUCAAGAAUGGAAAUGGGCGUUGGCUUGGAGGAAGGUGUGAGGAUGGAGACGGACUCCAGGGGCUACGAGGCUGAUGACGACGACGAACCAUGCGAGCCGGUACACAGCUACACGCACAUCCACACGGAAGACCGAAUUCUAACAUUGAGAAUCCCGUACCUGGGGCCGGUGGGAUGGACUGUCCCCGCCCGCAACGGAAUACAGACCACCAGGUCAUUUCUCAUUUACCAGGAUCCCACAGCUGGAUACGCAUCACCACCGAUGCCGGCAGAGGCGGGGAAACACAUCGACGAACAUAUCCAUCUGCUAGCUAGCGACGACAAGGAGAACGUGGCUGAUGACUUGGACGAGGAAGAAGAUGAAGGGGAGAUGAUUGAUCGGGAUAUAUACGUGCAGGAUAACAUGGUGGCGGAGGCGGAGAGUAUCGUUGCGCUUGCUGCCAUGAAUGAUGGGUGGAAUAUAAGGUCGUUGCGGAAUAGAUUGCAGCAUCUUGGGCAUCUUGGGCAGGGGUACCAUGGAGAUUCCAGCAACGCCCAAACGAAUGGUUUGGAUCCUCAGCUGUACGGGUAUGGUGAUGAUACAGGAGAAAGGUCCCAGCAGAACCCGGAUCACCAGCACCAGCACCAGCAACAGGAUGAUCAGCCAGAGAUAGAGAUUAAUGUCACUCCGGGUGGUUCGUUGGAAGCGAGUCCCGUACGGCCCCAACGGGCACAUGCGCAUUCGAACUCGAUUGUCAUGGUCAGUUCGUCACGUAGAGCUGGACGUUUGGACGAGGGCUUUGCAAGACCGCCAUCAGGGUUUUUCUGA